AUGUCUGAAGAGCGCCUCUGGAAGUUCAGCAAGCCGCAGUGGCUCAACAGUGUCUGGGCGCGCAACAGCGGCGUCUAUGCUGCUGGUGCACUGUUCUCGCUCGCCUUCUACGUCCUCCUCGACUCGGCCGUCUGGUCCAAGUCGCCGCUCAACGGCUCCGACGUGCACGUCACCUUUGUCGACUGGCUGCCCCUCAUCUUCUCGUCGCUGGGCAUGCUCAUCAUCAACAGCGUCGAGAAGGCGCGCCUCUCGGCCGACAGCUUCAGCUACUCCGGGUCCGGCGUGGCGUGGAAGGCGCGCGUGGUGCUCUUCCUCGGCUUCGCGAGCCUGGCGGGCGGCAUGGCGGGCGGCGUGUGCAUCUUUGUGCUCAAGUUUGUGGUGCCCGGCGUCGGCUGGCCGAUGAUGGGCAUGGGCGUCGAGAACGUGGUCGCCAACGGGCUGGUUGGUCUGAGCUCCGUCGUGCUCUGGAUCAGCCAGAACAUGGAGGACGAAUACUCUUACAACCUUGCGCUGUGA